GGUGUCAUUCCAUCAUAACGCCAACACAGCGACCGCGCAGCUGACGUCGCUGCAAACUCAGAUUUUGUUAUCGUUAUAAUCAGUUCACAAAAAAGAAAAACAGAUUUUACGAACUAAACGAAACUAUUUUGCGAUUAGUUUAGUAAUUAAUUAGCAACAAAAUCACUGCCAGCAACAAAUGCAACUAAUGUGAGCUAAAAGACGCGACCGCAACCCUGGGAACGACAAUAGCCAAAACAAAGGUGACGAGGGCAACAACAAAAAUAAAAAUCACAACGUCAUUUGAAAAGCGUCAUUGUGGUGAGUGUGGGGAGGGGCGCGAGGACUCGGAGUCGCAGUCGUAGUAGUAGAUGCUGGUUAGCCUAUACGCGCAGUUAACACGCAGAAUGGAUAGCGUUUUUGAGGCAUACCUCGGACCCGACAGCAUCUUGGCGGGCGCUGUGGGCGGAGCGGUGGGCGGCGGUGAACCAGAGGAUAUACCAAAGCGCAACACAGAUGUUUGGCUGCUGGGCAAACGCUACAAUGCCAUACAAGGACUGGAUGUCAUACGACGUGAUAUUGAAUCGCGCCUGUGGUGCACAUAUCGUCACAACUUUGUGCCCCUGGGCGAGAUGCAGCUGACCAGCGACAGGGGCUGGGGCUGCAUGCUGCGUUGCGGUCAAAUGGUGCUUGCCCAGGCACUGAUCGAUCUGCAUUUGGGUCGCGAUUGGUUCUGGACACGAGACUGCCGGGAUGCCACCUACCUGAAGAUAGUCAAUAGAUUCGAGGAUACACGUAAAAGCUACUACUCCAUACAUCAGAUCGCUCUAAUGGGCGAGUCGCAAAACAAAGCCGUUGGCGAGUGGCUGGGACCAAAUACUGUGGCCCAAAUACUCAAAAUUCUUGUGCGCUUUGAUGACUGGAGCUCUCUCGUAGUUCACGUGGCCAUGGACAGCACUGUGGUGCUGGACGAUAUAUUCCUUCGGUGCCAGGAGCCUGGUGAGACGUGGAAGCCCUUGCUGCUCAUUGUGCCGCUGCGUUUGGGCAUUAGUGACAUUAAUCCCAUGUAUAUCCCUGCAUUGAAGCGUUGCCUGGAGCUAAAUAGCAGCUGUGGCAUGAUUGGCGGUCGUCCGAAUCAGGCGCUCUACUUUCUGGGCUAUGUGGAUGACGAGGUCUUGUACUUGGAUCCACAUACAUCACAAAGAGCUGGCGCCGUGGGACAGAAAGAAUCGUCAGCGGAACGGGAACUAGACGAGAGCUACCAUCAAAGAUAUGCGGCCAGGUUGAGUUUCAGUGCGAUGGAUCCUUCCUUGGCUGUGUGCUUCCUCUGCAAGACACGCGACAGUUUCGAUGAGUUGCUCCAACAGUUGCGCCAGGAGGUGCUCAGUCUGUGCACGCCCGCGCUCUUUGAGAUUAGUCAGUCCCGCGCCGUCGAUUGGGACACAGCAGAUGAUAUUGAAUGGCCAGCCAUGCCCGACAUUGAUUGGCCCGCCAGCAGCGACUCUGAGCCAUUUGCCAUACUGGGCAAGAGCAGCGACGUCGACAGUAAACCCAGUGCGCCCAUCUGAGAGAGAGGUCGCUCACGGCGACUGCGCUGUGCAUUACGUACAUGGAACCCGUACGAAACUGAAACUGGAGCAGUUGUCAUGCAUCCCAAGCGGAUGCUGCGAUUACAGAAGGGCUAAUAAACAAUAAGCGAAAACUAGACUUAAAUUUUACAUUGUUUACGAUUGAAACCACACACACAUGCACAUAGUUACAUGCAUAACGUUCAUUUAUUUGAAGAUUGUCAUAACUCAAAAAAUACAAUUUUAAUAUUAUUGCAGAAGGCAAUAAAAGUUUUCAGCUUCAUUAAUUUUUAUUUUAAAGCACUAAUAUUUUUCAAUAUAAAUAUUUCUGUAUUAACAAGGUUUUUUCAUUAACUACAUUCUUCAAAUAACUGAGCGCUAUACAUUUAUGCAAAUACACACACACUCAUAUAUAUGUAUAUUUAAUAUUCUGCUUUAUUGUACGAUAUAUUGACUCCAUGGGAGACAAUUUGGCAUAAACUCACACAUACACUUACACAAACGCAAUGUUUAUGCAUUCAAUAAUGCUGAUGAAUACAAACUACCUUAAUAAUUGAUUAAAACACCAUUUUUUCUAGAUAUAUUAUAUAUACGGAAGUUGUUUAAGAUUAAUCCGAAAUAUGCUUUUCUUUCAUUUGUUUUAUAAGUUGUUUGUAUGUAUUCGAAUUUGUUGUAGUAAGUAUAUGAAUGUAUGUUAUUCGUUUAUAUUUCGGGUGUGUAUAUAUUAUAAAUAUGUAUGCUCAAAAUAUGGAUCAACAACUAAAUACAUAAUACUUGGACUAAA